UAACCAAUCCAAUUACAGAUUCAAAAGUAGCGAAUUUCUUUAGCGCUCAGUUUCUCAAGCUUUUGUUAUAAAGCGGAUCGAAGUUCGAUUCCUUCGACUAGCCUAGCCAGUAUUUUUUGGAUCACUAGAUCACAAGCUUAGAAAAUGGAGUGUUGCAAUUUUAUUCACAUCAAGCGAAAUGGAACCGAAGGAACGGCUUAUCCUCUAAUCAAAGGCUCCACUAUGAUCUUGGGCAGAGAUGAGGAUUGUGAUUUCAGAGUGCAAGUUCCAAGUGUUUUUGGAAAACAUGCUAAGCUUAGAGUGGACACAACAGGAAAGGCCUACAUCGUAAGCCUCGUCUCCACGGCUCCUGUGUACGUGAAUGACUCUGAAGUCAAGAGUGAGCUGCUGGUUAUUGACAAAGCCGUCCUCAGGAUUGGCACUUGCUCAUUCAAGUUUGCUUAUGCUGAUGGAAUAUUCAGCCCACUGCGUGAGGAGAAUGGCACUCAUACUCCGAAGAAGACUCCAUUGAGAACCCCAACAGCUCCAAGCUCUGUCAUAAAAACUAACAAAGAGAAUGCAUCAUCAACUCCCAAGCUCCCCAACUCAGCUAAGAAAGCACCCACUCUGAACCAAGUAAAGAAGACACCUAAAACUCAGUCCAGUUCGACUCCCAAGAUACAUGAGGCAUCUCUGGUGAGGGUGAUGCAACAGGAGCAUGCUAGUGGGUCCAGUCGUACACCAACUCCUAUUAAGGCAACUCCAAAGUCUAGAAUCUCUAGUGGGUCCAUCUCGUUAACUCCCAUCCCCUCCAUGGACACUUCGAGACAUCGAGCACUACGAACAACUCGAAAUUCAUCUCUUCUGUCCAUCCCUGAAAGCGAUGAAUCGACAGCUUCCCCUCACAGACCUGCUACACCUAUCCAGCCAGAUCUCAACUUAUCUCGUCGAUCCCUCAAAAGCACCCGUAAAGCCUCCCUGAUGUCUAUCCCCGAAAGCGAUGAAUCGACCGCUUCCCCUCACAGGCCUGCUACCCCCUACCAGUCAGAUCUCGACUUAUCGCAUCGGUCCUUCAGAAGCACCCGUAAAGCCUCCCUGAUGUCCAUUCCAGAAAUGGAGGGCGCGUCAGUUCAAUCUCCUUCCCCUCGAAAACGACAUAUUGAGUACUCUCUAACCCCCAAUCAACCGUUGCUAAAGAAAUCGCGCAAGAGUGUCACUUUUGGGCCAGUUCUCUCUCCUGAAGUGUUUGACAAGAGACUACCCUCUUGUACCCCAGUUAAGACUGGGUUAACUCCAAAAGGCCAACGCCGCUCUCUGCCUGCCUUUGAAAUCGUCCCUGAAGAGGAAGAGGAGGCCAGCUACCUGUAUGAGUACUCCAUGACUGGGUUUGAGGAGAGCUUCUUGACGUCGGAGAGUGAAGAGUCAGAGGGUGAAGAAGAUGCUACUCCCAUCACAUCACCUGCUAAGAAGCUGGUCACUCCUCUGAGAAAACAGAUUGAAAGCAAACCUGAGCUCCGCAAGACUCGAAGAGCUUUGUCCACUCCUUUGAGAGCCGGUAUCAGGAACCACCCUGGACUAGGGAGAACCAGGAGAACAUUACCCACUCCCAUAAGAAAGUCUAUUGUUGCUGGAGGCAAACUGCGCAAAACGAAAUCCUCAAUGCCCACACCAGUUCGAAAAGAGAUCCAGGGAGCAGUCGCACUACGCAAAACUAAGAAGAGUAUGCCCACCCCUGUUCGGAAGGAGAUCCAGGGAGCAGUCGCACUACGCAAAACUAAGAAGAGUAUGCCCACCCCUGUUCGGAAAGAGAUCGAGAAAAAGCCUGGUCUACGUAAAACCAAGCAGUCUCUCCCUACACCAGUUCGAAGUGCAAUUGGAGAUAGGCCUACCCUCAGGAAGACCAAAAGAAGUAUGCCUACCCCAGUCAGGCAAGAAAUCGAAGCAGGAUCCAGUCUCAAAAUAACCAAGCCUACGAUUCCCACUCCAAUUAGGGAAGGUAUCAAGAAAGGUGUCUCUCUACGCAAGACAAAAAGAAGUGUGCCCACCCCUCUCCGAAAGCAAAUCGAGAACAAAAUAAUGCUGCGCAAAACAAAGCAAGUUAUGCCUACUCCUUUGAGGUACCAAAUUAAAAAUCCGCCAGGGCUUCGCAAAACAAAACAGUCAAUGUCUACUCCAAUUCGUAAGGAGAUUGAAAGAAAGCCUACCCUUCGCAAGACAAAACAGUCAAUGCCUACCCCAGUUCGCAAGGCGAUCGAAAGAAAACCAUCUCUCCGCAAAACCAAACAGUCAAUGCCUACCCCAGUUCGCAAGGCGAUCGAAAGAAAACCAUCUCUCCGCAAAACAAAGAGAUCCAUGCCGACCCCUGUGCGCAAAGAUAUCGAAUCCAAACAAAACCUUCGGCAAACGAAGAAAUCGCUGCCAAGUCCACUCAUGAAGUCCAUCCAUGCCAAACACGGGCUAAGGAAAACCAAACGUUCUAUUCCCUCUCCUUUGCGGUUGGCCUUGGAAGCAAAGCCCCUUCUUCGUAAAACCAAGCAAACACUUCCAACUCCUAUCAAGGAUGCUAUCAACAACAGGCCAGCUCUUCGCAAGACAAAAGUAAUCCUCCCUUCCCCCCUUCGUGCUCAGAUCGUGGCAGGUACCACUCUCAAGCAGACAAAGUGUAUUAUGCCUAGUCCUCUUCAAAAGGACAUCAAGUGUAAACACACUCUCCGUCAUGUCCCAGUGAAUAAGCUUGGCAAACGUGCUAUCCAGGAAAAUGAUUCUCCACUUCCACAACCCCCUGCAAAGAAGCGACGAAUUAUACCUUUCCAAUCUCCUUCACCGUACGAUUUCAGCAAGUACUUCAAGCCUGGCUGCAAGUCCCCUAAUGCAAAUGUAGAUGGUCUGAAACACCUAUUCAAAUCACCGCGAAAGAAUUUUUCAAUGGACCCCGCUGAUAAUUUCAUCAAAACCAUUUUCGGCUCUCCUGUUGGUGUAACCUUCUCUUCUCCUGUGGCUGGCACUGCCAAGAAGCUCAGCAGGUCACAAGUACAAGCACCCUGUCUUAAGAAGACGAUUGAGCCAAUCCUGUUUAAUGUUGAUGCUACCACGAUUACAACCACAGCUACACGAGUCACACGUCAACGCAAAAGAGCUCCAGCUGCAAAAAAAGCUGUCUCAAGAUCAACCAGGUCCUCUCGAAGUACUAACGCUGUUGCUACAGUGGAAGAGGUCAAAGCUCCCACUACUAGAAGAGGGAGGAGGACAACUGAGACUACUGAGCCUGCAUCUGUUGUUCCAACUACUCGUACAGCAAGAUCAUCUCGCAAGCAAGAAGUUGAAGCUGCCCCUGAGGUUCAACCUACUCGUAAGCGGAGUAAGCAAACAACCAAGAAAACAACAGAAGUGAAGAUUGAGAAUCCUCCCAGCAGCCGUGCUACCCGAUCUCGUGCCAAGAAAGCAGACACUUCAGUCGUUGAAAAAACCACCAGCCCUGCGCCUCGUACCACUCGCACCAAUGGCAAGAAAGAGGAGACUGUCGAUACCUCGGAAGUCACCCGCUCAUCUAGAUCAAGAGCAAAAAAAUCCAUUAAGUGUACGCCCCUUCUCAAAGAGACACAUAUCCCUACUGAGAAUAUACCUGAAAAGAAAACAAAACGUAAGCGCACCAGGACCUCACAAAAGGUGGAGAGUGAGUGCAAAGAGACAACUGAAACUCUCAGACGAUCCUUGCGUCUCAGAAAGUAACUUUACCCCAAGAAACUUUAUCCCAAGAACAUUUCCUAUGUAGUGUAUUUUCUAUACCAAACGUCUUGUGCACUGAUGGAAGGACCAUCUGAACUUCAUGUACUGUGUAUGUCAUUCAGUAGUUAGUGUUCUGUUUUACUAGAGCCGCGUUACGAACUACGCACAUUAAGUUUUUACUUGUGUAUAUACAGAAAGCUGUGCUUAAAAAAUUAUUAUAAUAUUAUUAAUGUGUAGACAAUAAAAUUAAUGAAUUGUGGUAAAGGACAAUCGUGAGUUAGUGACUACAAUGCUAGCUAUAGCAAUAUUUGAAUUGAAAACCUAUUCUGCAAGUGUGUUUCGUGUAAUGUGAUUAUAGUUCAGAACCCUUCUGAAACCUUGUCUUCUGUACUCUUCCUGUCUGAGAUACAACUUCACAAUAGCCUUCAUUGAGUAGUAGAGCAAGCCUCCC